AAGAAUGCCACGGCUGACCGUUACUCGCAUGAUGCAAAUGAAUUUCUUUUUUUUGUCCCCUUCAAAAGGGGAGUAUUUGCACCGAGUGGCGAUCCCUCGCGCGCAUACACACGCACGAUUCGUUCACGAAUUUAUUAUAUUCCCCCGAGUUCCAUCGGCAGCAACGUGGCGCGGCGGCGCGGACCUUUGUCCUUCCCCACCCUUCGACCGUCAGCGGGGCGGCGGCACACAAUCGGCACGGCAUGAUUAUAUUGCGCGUGCGAGCUGUGCAUUCGCUGACAUUCGCUCGCGAGAGCUCGAACGUCGUCGUCGAGGCGCCACUGGGACCACGUGAGGAGCAGACCAGAGCAGACGAACACAGGCGAGCGAGUGGGCCGCUUGCCGCUGACCGGCCGACUUACUGACGGACGAGCGGAGGUGCGUUGCACGCGCGCGCGCGCGGGCUCCGCCGAAGCACGCAAUCGAAAGCGACGCGACGACCGGGAUUUUCACCGAGCCGAGUUUCACUUCUAACCUGAAUUCGGCGAGGAGCGUGCGUGCGUGUAGGCGCAUUAUACGUGUGCAUUACCUCGGCGCCUCAUCGCACGACUUGUCAUCGUCGUUGCCGGCGAACCCGCUACGCGGAAGUCUCUCUCUUUCUCUCUCUCUCUCUCUCUGCCACCUGCAUAACUUCACCAGGAAGCGCGCGGCUGAGCGAUCGCCCGUAUCGCGGCUCUCCGAUCAUCGUCAGGGUAAUUACGUAAACUUACCUAAUAAGCGGGCACACCGUUUGCAAGGAUAUUUGCCGCGCGACCUGGAGAAAAGAUGUGGCCAAAGGACGUCGGCAUCUUGGCCCUGGAGGUCUAUUUCCCGGCGCAGUACGUGGACCAGUCAGAGCUGGAGGCGUACGAUGGCGUGUCGACGGGCAAGUACACGAUCGGCCUGGGCCAGUCGCGGAUGGGCUUCUGCAACGACCGCGAGGACAUCAACUCGCUGUGCUUGACCGUCACGCACCGGCUGCUGGAACGUCACGGUAUCAAUCCGCGGGACAUCGGUAAGCUGGAAGUGGGCACCGAGACUAUCCUCGACAAGAGCAAGUCGGUGAAAACCGUGCUGAUGCAACUGUUCGAGCCGCACGGAUGCACGGACAUCGAGGGCGCGGACACCACCAACGCCUGCUACGGCGGCACCCUCGCGCUCUUCAACGCUAUCUCGUGGGUGGAGAGCAGCUACUGGGACGGCCGACUCGCCCUGGUCGUCGCGGCUGACAACGCGGUGUACGCACCGGGUACCGCUCGACCCACCGGCGGCGUGGGCGCGAUAGCCAUCCUGGUAGGCCCGGACGCGCCACUCGUGUUCGACCGUGGCCUCCGGGCAUCCUGCAGUCGACACGUUUACGACUUCUACAAGCCGAACAUGCAGUCCGAGUAUCCCGUCGUCGACGGCAAACUGUCGAUCCAGUGCUACCUCAACUCCCUGGACAGCUGUUACCAGCUUUACCGCGAGAAAGUCAAGAAGGAGCGCCCCGGCGAGAGUCCGGUGACGUUGAGCAACUUCGACGCGAUGGUCUUCCACUCGCCGUACUGCAAACUCGUACAGAAAUCGUUCGCCAGGCUGGCCUUCAUCGACUUCUUAAACACGCCAGAGAAGGAGAUUCUCAGCGAUUAUAAGGACGCGGUCAAGUUUCACGCCUCCAAGCUCGAGGACACCUACUUCAGCCAGGACAUCGAGAAGGCGUUUUUACAGUUCAGCAAGGCGAACUUCGAGCGGAAAACACACCCCAGUCUGCUUAUAGCGAGUCAAGUUGGGAACAUGUAUACGCCAUCGGUGUACGUGGGUCUAGUCUCGCUACUCAUCUCGAAGCCGAUUAGUGAAUUGGCGGGCAACAAGAUCGGCUUAUUUUCCUAUGGCUCGGGGCUAUGUGCCAGCUUGUACUCGUUGACGGUGGCAAAGGACACGCGAGAAGGUUCUGGCUUAUCAAAAUUAAUCAACGGCCUUUCCUACGUCAGGUCGCAACUGGAGGGACGUCACUGCGUUAGCCCGGAGGAGUACACCAAAGUGUUGGCGUUGAGGGAAAAAUAUUGGAAUGUUGUGCCAUUCACGCCGCAGAGCAGUAUAGACGACAUGUUCCCGGGUACAUAUUAUUUAACGCAGGUAGACGAAAAGUACAGGAGGACUUACAAGAGAGUAUAAGAUCGACGUAUUAGACAAGGUUUAGGCUUGUUUCUAUUUAAUUUUAUUCUAUAAAGAUAUACAUACGUAAAAUAAAAGGUUUGAGGUUUUGUUUUUUUGGUUUCUGUUAAAAUAAUGACAUAUAUUUAUAUAUUAGUAACAUAUACACUAUAUCUACCGUUGAACGAGGUAACGUAAGAAUCCCACAAAUUAAGUCUUCUCUGACGAGUUUUCAACUCGCUCUACGUUAGUUAUAAUAUCUUUUUUUUAUCGCAUUAAGACAAUUUUAUUCUUUGAUAUGACUUUAAAAAGUAACGACGAUAAAAUAACAAACAAUAAUGAUGUAAUUCAUUAAAAAUUAUAAUUGACAAAUAAUUUAUACACAUCGCGUAGCAAGUAUUAGAUAUAGGAGAAUCUCAGGCACUUGUGUGAUUUUAACAGAAAAUAUUUUGAUAGAACAGAAUGAGACUAUUUGCGCCGAUAGCUUCUUCGUUGGUUUAUAAAAUAUAAUAUAACUAUUUUGCAAUGUCGUUUUCUCCUUACAUCGUCAAUUACAAAUACUUUCAAACCUAUAAUUCGCCAGAGUUUAACCAUUACCGUUGUAGCUUGUUAGUAUUUGUACACAUUUAAUGAUGGCGAUAUUACAUCGAUGCAAAAACAACAUUGAAGUGUGCCUUAAGUAUGUAAGACUGUUAUACAACAGGAAACAAGUUCAAAACAUUUUUUUAUACACUUACGCUAAUAUACUAUUUAUUAAAAUUUUUUGAUAUAUACGAAGAAUAUAAAUUAAGUCGCAUUAAUAACAGAUACACAUCUGAUAUUUAAGAUCAAAUUAAAAAUCAAUCUUUGUAAAUUCAUGAUCAAUUUACGCAUCUGUAACAUUUGUGAAUUGUCAUCUAGAGUUGUCUUUUCUACCUCGCUUCACCUGUUUUAACACACUUAUUCUACAUUAUUAUUUUAAUGCAAUAAAAGAAAGAGUGAAUGUUAUCAGCUAGUGUUUUGAUCUUUUUAAUGUUAAUCAUACAUGUUCAUUUACAUUGGAAGAAAUAGUUAUCGAACAAUUAUCUGUUCCAUUCCACGUAAACCAAAUAAUAAUGUGUAUAAAUGAAUAUUUAAAUGACUCUUUUACCAUAAACAACUUACGCAUAUAAAGAGUAACUUUAUCACUGUGAUGAAUCUUCUUUUUUUAGAGUCAGUCUACGUUGACGCAAAGCAAUUAAUUUGCAUGUAUGUAAAGUUUUGUAAUAAGUGAAUUCUAUUAUCUGAAAUUGUUAUCGAAAUGCAAUACAUGAAGCCGUUUUGUUAACUCUAACAAAACUAUUAUGCUACACAUGACAUAGUUUAAUGAAAAAUAUAUUUUUCAACUGUCUCUACAUACAUACUGUGUAGAAUAUAAUAAAUAUUUUUAAUAAUUU